UGGAUGCUGAGCGCUCUUUCAUGAAUGAGCAGGAGCGGUUCCAGGACAGGAACUCUCCCGGGACCCAUAUGGCGACAGCGGGUAAUCGCGGAGAGAAACAUCACUUCGCGGAUGCAAAGGGAUAUUAAAAACCCGGUAUCUGUGGGGUGUGGGAGGGCAAGUGUGUGGGUGUAUAGCGGGCAGAUGGAAACUGAUUUUCUGACCAUGGAAUGAGACUGCCGAGCGCCUGGCGGACCUCAGAAACUCGUAAUGAUGCGCACGGAGAGGGGAAACCGCUCACCGGCGACUUCUGCAGAGUUGGCAUCACCUCUGCUGCACGGACCCCUCUCAGAAUCGGUUGAUCAUCUGCUACAUUAUACACUGCGAUGUUUGCCCUGAAGAGUAUGGGCAGCUCGGGCGAGCAAUCGAAGGAAUGGCAACUUUUCAUAACCACAAACAAGACAUUCGGAGACUUGUACACAAACUCGUAGUCAUGUUCUCUUUCGCUGUAGUGUGCGUCUAUCUCUUCUACUUUCUUAACGGCUGCUGUAAUUCGGACUUGGUAGAAAAUCCAGAUUUGAACAGUGUGAACAAACUGCUUCUGACAGGAUGGUACGACGAGAGAAAUAGAACGUUUCCUCAAGUAACAACCUCCUCUUAUGGGACGUUGGAAGACACCAGAGGCUCACCGGUGCUGGAAACUAACAGCACGGCAAAGGACUGGACAGCGACUCGGAGACUUCCACAUGCACUCAUCAUAGGAGUCAAGAAGGGAGGCACAAGGGCUCUCUUGGAAUUUCUGAGGCUGCACCCGGACAUUCGCGCUCUUGGAUCGGAGCCACAUUUCUUCGACAGACAUUACGCGCGCGGAUUAGACUGGUACAGGAGUAUGAUGCCGAAGGCCCUGGACGGGCAAAUCGUCAUGGAGAAGACUCCCCGUUACUUCGUCACCGAGGAGACGCCGGCCCGCAUCUAUGCAAUGUCCCACGACAUCAAGCUGAUCGUGGUGGUGCGGGACCCCAUCACGCGGGCGAUCUCUGACUACACGCAGAUCAUCUCCAAGACGCCGGACGUGCCCAGCUUCGAGGCGCUCACCUUCAAGAACGGGUCGUCGGCGUCGGCGGGGACAACGGGCCAGAUCGACGCCCUGUGGAGCCCGCUGUGGAUCGGCCUGUACGCCAAGCACCUGGAGCGUUGGCUCGCCUACUUCCCGCUCUCGCAGAUCCACUUCGUCCACGGGGAGCGGCUCAUCAGCGACCCGGCCGGCGAGCUGGGCCGCGUGCAGGACUUCCUGGGCCUUCAGCGCAUCGUCACCGACAAGCACUUUUACUUCAACAAGACCAAGGGUUUCCCUUGCCUCAAGAAACCCGAGGGGAGCAGCAAACCCCACUGCUUGGGCAAGACCAAGGGACGGAUCCACCCCCGGAUCCACCCGACAGUCAUCCAGAAGCUGCGGGAGUUCUAUCAGCCCCACAACCUGCGGUUCUACCAAAUGGCGGGGCAGGACUUUGGCUGGCAGUGACUGAUUCUUUAAUAUCCUGGAAUGGAACCCGCUUCUCCAAAAUAUUCAUCUAAUUUCUCGGCUGCAUUUGUGGCUCCCGGCUGCAGCGACUGUGUGACUAUAAACUCUUAUUAGACGGGAGGAUAAUGGAUAAUUCAAUGCCACUUGAGUGCUGGCCUCGAGAUGGAAACUGAAUUUUAUGAUUUUUAAUAUGUUUUGGAUGCCGGGCUAAAGUGAGUCAAGUGUAAUAUCCUGAGACAGCACAUUGUUUCCGAGCAGUGACAAAUAGCUGUUGGCUGAAAGAUUAUCAUUUUAUUUUUCACCAGAGACCCGCGGUGCUGGCACCAAAGCUGUCACUAACAGAAACUAAUCAGCGGUGCUUUCGUUCGCUGAUGGAUGGCAUUCUCACUCCACUUCCUGCCGUUUGGCACAAGCUAAACGAUUGCAAAUGAAAAAGAAAAAAAAAUACGAACAAAAAAAGAGAAGAAACAAAAAAUGGAAAAGAUGACCAGGAUCUGCUAUGCCAUGUCAUAAUUUCGUUGUGGUGUUUUUUGCAAAACCACUGAGAGUAUUAUGUGCCGGAAGCCUUCUGUUCUGCAAUGGGAGUGAAACCUUCAUAUUCACACAUAUUCACAGAUUCAUUUUUUUUUAAUUCAAACUCUGUCUUUAGUGUUUCACCCUAUCAGCCAUAGUGGGUUCGGAUUAAGAUAUGUUUUUAGGUUCAGAUUAAGAUAUGUUUUUAGGUUCAGAUUAAGAUAUGUUUUUAGGACUACAUAUGUACAGUGGCAUUAACAUGGAAUAGAAACCAAUCAGCAGCACAUGCGCUAUGCUUACAAUGAUGCACCAAGACAUCAUAAGGUUAUGUGUUUAAAUCAUGCAUUUGUCCCUGAAAACAACCACCCACUCAGCAGCCCUGGAAGCAGAACACCAAAUGCACACAGUACCCGCGCUUCAAAAUUUGGUUUUGUCCUAUUUCGACUUUUUUAGCCUGUUUAUUGUCUGGAAUGAGAACAAUGAACCAAAUCAAUCAAAAUAUGGCAAUGGAAAACAAUAGGGCCUGCAUAUGCUGUACAGAUACAAGGGAGAACAAUGCAAACCCUCUUUUAUGGAUGGUGCAAUUACAGCCCAGUAUACUGUUAAUAUCUAAAGAUCUACAAAUAAACCUGACAAGCUCUAGAGCCAUUUUCCUGCAUGAUAUUUGCACUAGCUUUGAGACAUAGCCUCCAAGGAAGCAAUUAAAUUAUUUUGAAACAA